AUGGGGGGAGUAAGUGAAGGAGAUGAUGUGUUGGCUCGAUGGAGUGAUGGACUACUGUACCUCGGCAAUGUGAAAAGAGUAGAUGGAGUCAAGCAAUGUUGUCUGGUGAGAUUUGAGGACAACUCGGAGUUCUGGGUACUGAGAAAGGACAUUCACUCGUUUGCUGCUGGAGUGGAAGAAGUUUGCUGUAUUUGUGACGCUCCGCCUCUUAAAGAACCCCUCAUAAAUUGUCUUAAAUGUCGCCACGGUUAUCAUCCAGAGUGCCACACGCCAACCAUUGAACCGGAAGCUGACAGCGAUUCGUGGAUAUGUCGGCAAUGUGUCUUUGCAGUUGCAACCAAGAGAGGCGGGGCCCUCAAACGGGGACGCUUCGCCCGGCUCAUGCAGUUUAUGAAACUCCGACUCCCUUACCAGCUGUCGUCUUUAGACUGGGACCCGCAGCAUCUGACCAAUCAGCAACAGUGUUACUGCUACUGUGCCGGACCUGGAGAGUGGAACCUAAAGAUGUUACAGUGUGGAAGCUGCGGUCAGUGGUUUCACGAGGCCUGCACACAGUGUCUAACCAAGCCAUUACUGUAUGGGGACAGGUUUUAUCAGUUCCAGUGCUCUGUAUGUACGAAGGGACCAGAGACCAUCCAAAGACUACCCAUGACCUGGGUGGAUUUGGCUCAUUUAGUGCUCUACCAUCUCUCGCUGUGCUGCAAGAGGAAAUACUUUGAUUUUGACCAUGAAAUCCUGUCCUUCACCAAUGAGAAUUGGGACUCGUUGCUCCUAGGCGCGCUCUCUGACACGCCAAAGCAGGACCGCUGUCACAAUCUCCUCAAUGCUCUGAACUCCCACAAGGACAGGUUUGUCUCUGGAAAGGAGAUCAAGAAGAAGAAGUGUCUUUUCGGGCUUCAGGUACGAGCCCCGCCUCCGCUGACGUCCGAUUCGUCUCCCCUCAUCACCGACCCACCUAUCAACAUCACACACCGGAGAAGCCCGCUGUCACUACCCUGCCAGAGGAGAGUGGGGGGGCCUGAGUCACGUAAAUCAAAGCGUCGCAUCAUAGAGACACAGGCUUGUCCACCUCCAGUUGCUGCCAACCCCAUUGAGCUGCUGCCAUGUUGCCAUGGUUACAUGGGAGGGGCCAGCCUUUACAACUCCAGGAAGUCAGAGGAGGAGCUUAAUUUGAGCUCUCCUCCCAAACGGAUGUACGCCCUGUACCACAGCACUUACAAUGGAAAUACCGCGCUCUCCAGGAAUCUCCAUCACUACAACAGCGUGGAGGACACCUGCAGGUUACCACCGCCGUGCUUCCCGUACCCCCUCAAUUCCAAUGGCAACCAUCACCACCACCACCUCCACCAGCACCAUCACAGCCACCAACACAACCACCAGCACCAGCACCAACACCAGCCGGGCCAGAAGCAGCUGGAGCCCGUCAUCCUACGUGAUCUGCCCCCUUACCAGGCCGGCAUGGGCGGAGGGGGUGGCGUAGGUGGUGGAGGAGGAGGCGGAGGAGGCGGAGGUGGAGGUGGAGGAGGAGGAGGAGGCGGAGGUGGAGGUGGCAGCGGGACAGUGGCCAGGAGCUGGGGUGGAGGGGAGGCAGUGAGGAUCUUGGCGAGACGUGUCACACCAGACGGGAAGGUUCAGUACCUUGUGGAGUGGGAGAACGUGAGUUUGUACUGAGACGAAGAGCAAACACGAGACGCACUGACUGUUUUGCAGUUGCCACAGGAAUACUGUGUAUGUAAUAUGUGGCAGUGUUUAAAGUACAAACAAAACAAAAAGGAAAAAAAAAAUCUCUACACGUUGCAAAAUCCAGGUUGCUCUGAUAGUAUCACCUCUAUUCAUUAUAACCUCACUACUCGUUACUAAAUGUCCCUCUUUGCUAGUGUUUCUCUGAUAUUUGUACUGUUAACUUUGGAAUAUGCCUUUGCAUUUAUCAUGUUUUACAGCGAUGAGAGAAAGUAUUUAAACCUCCUGAUGAUUUGUGUUGGCCACAUCCAGAGCAUGUCUUUAAGUGUACUCACAUAUUGAUACACAG